UCUGCGGCUAUCAGCCCAGGGCCCGCGCCUCGAAUGACAAAUCUGUUGCUGCUGCUUCGUUCUCAUUAUGUGAGCCACCCGCUUUCUGCUCCUUUCAAACAACUUCUCCUACUGCGCUUGUCAGCACCGAACGAGCUGCGACACAUCUCGAGAACUUCAUCUUACGAACGUUGCGACAUCGUCUUGUGCAGUGAUAAGAUUUUUCGACCUUUCUACGUGGUGUGUGACGUGUGAAAAAGGUGGUGGACGCGACGGAUGGUAAAGGGUGCUGGUUGUCGGUUUCUGUGAGCGUGUCUUGUUGUCCAUUGUGCACGUAGCGAAAUUGCGCGGGAGGCGCUGUACAGUGUAGCAUAACGACCGCCUGAGCUCAGUUGUAAUUGUCGGGUAGCUUGGCAAUUUCAUUGAGUGUCGUUGACGUGAGGUAAAAAGGAGGGUAAUUGGUACGUUGUUCCGGCGCUUUGAUUGGCAGUCGCACGCCCCGAAGUUCGAAAGUUGUUAAAGUGAUUUCAUGUGGAGUGGCCAGCAUCCAGGCUGAGGUCUAAGAAUAGCAUCUCCCUCUGGGAAUUCCUUAACCGCGUUGUGAAGAAGUUGUGCGGAAUCGAUUUUUGUAGUGCGAGCCGUUGUAGCUGAAUGAACGAAGGGCCGCUCUAUUUCCAGAUAAAUCAAUCAAAUUUUCUCGGUUCAGUACAAAGUCGCAGGUUUGACAGCUGGUGGAAAAGCAAAUGCAAACCAUGCCGAGUUAGGUUCAGAAAAGGGCUAUACGCUAUAUGUGCCUGUUAACGAUUGAUCGCUUUGUUGACAUUUACGGAUCUCGAAGUUGUAACUGCGAGGUGCCUCAUCGUAAUUGGCGGCAAAGUCUAAAAGGCCCGGGAAUCGUGAUACUUCUGAUACGUGAUGCCCACUGGAACGUUUAGAGUAAUGUAGUUGACACUCCGGAGUUUAGAGGAAGGUCCGUCCAACGUGCGGGUUCAACACAAAAAGAUAUUAAAGAAAAAAAAAAGAGUGCUAAUUUGAGAACGUACGUAGAACUGAGUAGGUUGUAAAGGGUACAGUGGACUCAAUGCCAAUGGAAGGAGUGAAGCACGGAAAAGGUUUAACGCUGAUCGAUACAAGCGUGCUUUCACAGUUGAACAUAGCCAGUUGCAUAGCUCUGCCCCGCAGCCAACGCGUACAUUUCCGUCGGGGGUGUUCCUACGUAGAAAGUGCGUAGCGCAUAGUGUAGCACUACAUAGAGGGUCCAUGUAUUGCAUAAUACCCCUAAGUUAAUAACUGUACGAAUAUGUAGAGUAAGUUAGAUAACAGUUAGUACAUACAAAGCGUGUUGAAGCUAUAGAACAGUUUUAGCCGCAUAGAGGCAAAAAAACACACAUUCCACAAUGAGUGCUGACGUCCAGACACCCGAAUGUAGCACCAAGGGGACAGACCUUGACCACUCCAACAACAACAACAACAACAACGCUCCUGUAAUAAACAUAGACGCCACAGGACUCGACUCGGGAAUCCUUCUCCGCGUCCCCGACCUCCGUUUCUCACGAGCUGGCUCUUCCGCCGAAUCCUUGUCUCCCUGCUCCGCGGACCAGCACUUCCUGGGUCUGCCGUCCUCAUGCGAACACCGCCGCCAUUCCAUGCAAGAUUCUUGCAGUUCCCACCACCAUCACCACCAUCGCCGCAACCGAGACCGCAAACGGUCCUGCCCCGACGUCCGAGGAUCCAACUCGGCCGACCGAAGACGUCGAGGCAGCCGUAGUCCUCUCCCCUGCUACCCCGAUUCCGCGAGUGUCACACCUGUCUCCUCUCGGCGCUCGAGUGCCAGCAGUCUCAGCCGGAGGUCGUCGAAGGACAAUGAAAGCUGUUGUCACAGUCGAAGGUCCUCCCGGUGCGAGAACGGAAGCAGGCGGUCUUCCCGUUGCGAAGAGAGCAGCAGGAGAUCAUCCCGUUGCGAUGACUCCAGCAGGAGGUCCUCCAGAGGAACAGACGAUAGUGGCGGUGGACCGUGUAGCCGCAGGUCGUCACGCAGUGCAGACGAAGAGAGGCGGUGCUCUGAAGACAAGUCGCAUCAUCGACAUCAUCACCAUCAUCGGCGAGAGUCCGCGAUGGUGGAUGGUGCCAAAAGUAGGAAGACCAGUAGCGCCGAGCCUGGAAGUAACACUUCGAGUCGCAGAACGUCCAAGGUCCCCGCGCUUUUAGUGACGGACGAAGAGACGGGGAGGCAAGAGAAGCCCGACGACGAGUUGGACACGCCAAGACGGCGGAUAAUCAUCUUCAUCAUCAGCUCGGUGGCCUGUUUCAUCUUGCUGAUGAGUGUCGUGCUCAUCGCCGUGACUCUCACCAUCUCGCCCGCCAUCGACCACAUAGUACGCAAGGAGAACGAAAACCUCUUCCGGCUCCCUACGUCAACCACUGUACUGACGACGGCAGCGCCUUCCACGGCACUCCCGGACAACGGCACAUCCCUGACAGCCGCCGGGUGAUGUCUUCUGCUAUCUAGAGGAUUAUGGCGUCUACCCAAUCGCUCCUGGUCAACACGCAACAGGCUGCGCGGCAGAGUGACUUUCUUGGUGUGCAAGACACCGAUGUGGACAAUCCUCAUAGAAUGCUCUCCCGUCCUUGUCGUGCUAGAUAUGGGAACGAGUCGCACAGUAAAAACGCUUUUUGGUCACUGAGCGCCGAAAGAUCUUCGCAAGGCCAACGUGAAGACGGUUGCUAAGUGAUAGAAGCACGAUAAAGCAGCUAGUCUGCCGAUCUCUCUCUUUGUAUUAUACGGAAUACGGAGUGGCAAUUUUGAAACGCUUGGUUGAUUACCGAUGCUCCGUGCGCAGUGAAAGUUAAUCGGACAAGGAUGAUGUCUUGCACGGCAGUGUCUUUGUCACAUGCGUACGCUUUGGUUGGCUCCAGGCUUGAGAGCAAAGCAAGAGCGUAGGGCAAAAUAUGCAGACCACGAUGACAAAGAUAGCGAACAGUAAGGAAGCCCAUAAUGCACGUCCACUGACACAGGAUGGCGAUGAUGAUCCGCCUGCACCGUCCUCUUCCAAUCUCGCUUUCGUGCUGCAUCACAAAGGCAAACGAUGCCGGAUUUUUUUUUUCUCGUAGUUCGCAUAUUUCAACUCGGUUUAAAAAUUCCGGAGGACAAUACACUGUACGCAAACGUCAUGCUAGUCCGCUUGAUAUUUACAGCGCACUAACACGCGGGAGCACUCGUACAGUUCAAGAUUGCCAGACUGUACAGCUUCGAUUGAUAGUAAGUGUUAAUAUAUUUCGCCGUUCGUACUUAAAACGAAGUAGCAUGCAGGACAAAGUGGACAAACCGCGAUAUAGAAUCUCUGACAAUAGUCAGCUGUUUCAUGCGAUUUGUUGCCCUUUGGCGUAAUAAAACCUUACUGUUUCAAGUGCUAGCAAAACAGAAAUCAAAGUUUUAGAACGCGUUCAACGUAGAACUCAGUGCAUACAAGCUCACAACAGCAUGCGGGACUCUCGAACGUUUAAAGUGCUCGCUAAUGUAGGUGCAGUUAGCUCACUCGACAAAAAUUUGACUUUGGUGACCCAGGGUGGCGUACUUUACGUUUCUAGUUAUUUUUGUUCGGCACCUAGAAUCAGGGUUACAUCGGCUGGCAGCAUGAAAAAAAGAUGAAACUAUCUUCAAGCUUAUUUCAUACGUAUAACAACUUUUGGCCAGCUUGAUUGAUUGAUUGAUUUUAAAAGAAAAAAAUGGAGAUGGUAGUCUCGAGCCACUCGGGACUGGCUACUCGAGCUUGAGAUAGGCAAUAGUUGAUAGGCACUUCCAAAGCUAGACGUCGGUUUCUAUGCUAGUCAAAUCACAUUUUUUUGCUUCAUAUACGUAUGGGAAGCUUACGCAGUAUUAACCCUGACUUUUUUUUUUUUUUUCUGCAGAAUUCACCAACGCAAAGCCGGUGAAAUUCCACUAUUCAUCAAUAUUGUUACUCGAGAUUCGAGUGCGUCCGGAAAGCGCAUUAUUUCCACUGCAUUUCCCUUCUCGUUUCUCGUGCAACGCAACUGAUUCAGUUACGUACACGACACAGUUCACCAAAUUGGCUUCGCUUCCGAGCAUCGUUACACAGUGUAGCGAUGGAUGCCAUUUCGUUUCCGAGCCAAAAACACCAAUGGCGCCCCCUGCUGUAAUGAAGUAGAAGGACACGAAUCGACGUCCCCAACUGAAUCGGUUUGGCAAAGUAUAUCUUACAGUAAAGUACGCCCCCUACCCGCGACGCGACAUAAGCUGAUGCGCCACAUAGCGGCGUGCGUGGGCGACGCCUCUCAGAAACCAAGUCCAUUUAGUUCUUCUCCACCACGUUCUUCUCGGACACGCAAUACAAUAGGACAGACAGUGCGAAGCGUUAGACAUUGAUUGAUUUAUUUAUUGAUUGGUAAAAAAAGAGAUGUUAGACCCAAAACUACUCGGGGCUGGCUACUCCCUGGCCGCGUUAUUUAGGGCUGAUUAUAUGUAAGACAAAUGAAGCUAAAGGAGGGCGGGGAAAAAAAAAGAAGAAAGGAAAAACUUUACAAAUCUAUACACUUUGUGAGGCACACAUGUCCAGACGAGAGUGGGAUAAACUCAACAGCAACAACAACAAAUAAAUUAAUGAUAAUGAAUGCGAAAGUGCGAAAAACUCAAUGCACGAAAAACAAACACGCAAAGAGCGUCACAGAGUGUCGAAGCGUCAGACAUGAAAUUGUAGCGGACGCGGUGGUUUGAUAAAAAAUGCAACGAGAUAAACUACGCCCUGUUAAGUAUCAAGAUAAAACACUUCGCACACACUUUGCUACGUUUUUACACACCAGAGGGCACAUAUGACACGCGGCACCAGCUUCCAUUGCUUUGCAAAUUCGGACAUUCUAAAAAAAGAAACGAGUAAUUUUAGUUCUUAUAGGGAGACUAGAAGGACUGUCACAACCAUUAAAGUGAGGACUGCAUUUCAGGACUUGACCUCACAGUCCUAUGCACAUAGUAUGGAUGUGCAAAAAGGCAAACACUUUUACUUUGAAUUAAACAGGAUAUGUCCAGCGAUAAAACCUUGUGGCACCUACAAAGGGCACAAUCUGUAUAAGUAUUUCUUGCUCUGUAGGCAGGAAAAUUACAAAAUUAUAUUGCGCUGCCCCGUCCAAUUCCCGAAGAGCACAUAUUUCCGUACACUUUUGCAGUCAGGGCAACACUUGCGAAGUUCGGGGACUGUUUGUAGUGCUGGAGAGUAAACCUAUACGUUCUCUUUUUCUUUCAUAGAGUGUACUCAGCUAUGCCAUAGCCUCCUGUAUAUAGGAGGCUAUGGCUAUGCUAUCCGUCAGAGUCAAGCAUCAACUCGAGGUACUCCGUACAUUUCAAGAAAACUUAAACCGCCUUCUAUAUCAACCGUAUUGACCAGUUGUACGAGCUAUAUAUACGAUGACAAUACUGUGAGGAUCAGUACAGAGAAUUAUGUUAUAUACAUAUUUCGUUUUUUCUUUUCAACUCGAGCCUCAUCCUCCAUUACAUGAUGAGACAACCUUUCCAUGCACUUCCUAUACGGGUUUAUUACAACGUAAGUGAAGCUUCGCUGAACGAUCGUCCCGAAUCAUUUCUCCUGCAGGAUUAUCGGCGGGGGGGGGGGGGGGGGGGAAGGAAAUACCCGAAGCAUCAUCCCCUUGGGGGAUCGAAGCUAAAGUUGGAACGUACGUGUCCCUGCACGAUAACGAACCUGCGCACGCUUGCUUCGGACGACAAAAUGAUGCCGAUCGUUAUAGCUUCAAAACAACCAUAAACAGGAAAAAGACAGGGACAUGCGAUGGAAUGAGAUUUCUAUAUGGAGGCCCAAUUAUGUGGGACAAUCGUAAUUCCUUUCACUAUGGCCAUAAUAACGAUUUAGGACUAUUUCUGGUGAUUGCUUCUCUGGGGAGGUAAUGUCGAUACAUAAGGGCACCGGAUAAUGCGGCGACGGAAUCGCACUUUGCGGUAAUGUUAGAAAGUGCCGGUUAGCGCACUGUAUUAAAAAAAAAGGGGGGGGACCAUCAAAAUCCAUCAAGCGAUCUGAUGGAAACAUCCUGCCGUACCAUCGGGAUGUUUUAAUGGACCAUCGAGACCGCACGAUGGGAACUGAUGUUCUGAGACUGGAACACAUUUUUCACCGCCGAGACCCUUUGCGUCUGAAGCUCUGGUAUCUUGUAGUCACCAAAUGUUGUUCACAGUUUCAAAUUUAGAAGAUGUUAAGGGGGUUAAGAAACCAACUGUAACCACCUGUGAUAGGGUUUUUGCAACAACAUUUACAAACAAAAAGUUCUUUUCAGAGUUCGAUAGACAGUGCGCGACGUCAAACAGGGUUUACCUCUGGGUAUAGGAGCAGCCGGCAACUUUGGAAAGAGACAUUUAGACACAGACAGUUUUUACGGUUUAGAUACGGACUCCUUAGAUACAGACAGUAAUUUUCGUAAAGAGCUCCCUCUCAAACGCUCGGUCGCAUCAGCAUCGCUAAGACAUUAGCUGACACAUCCGGGAGUAGAGCUGUGCGCCGCCGACUUGCGCCGCCGACUUGUGCCGCCGCCGCUGGCGCCAGCCCGGAGCACCGAUGGGCUUAAUCCAGUUGGAGGGUUCUGCAUACUAAAGUAAUCCAGUGACUUAACCCAGUUCGAUGGUUCCGUUCGUGUGACAGCGAAUCAAAAAAGCAGGCGUAGAGACGGGAGAAAAAAAAAAGUUAGACAAUCCUGCUUUUGCUGAAUAGCAAACUGCACGCGUUUAUGCGCUUGGUGGCUCAUCGCAGAUAACAAGGCGAUAACUGCGUACAUACCAUGUUAGAUAAUAAUAUUCGCCCACCGCAAUGGUAUGGCCGUAUGGCAUGGGUUAGCAUUUUCGUAUUCGCGCCGCCAACGCCGACCGAAAAACCAGCCUGACGCCGCCGGUCAAACUUGCCAUCGGCGCACAGGUCUACUCGGGAGACGAAAGCUAACACUUUGUAAUGCCACCAAAAAGUGUGUGUAUGUGCGUGGGGGGGGGGGGGUCGUUAAGCAAUCCAUUUACGUAAAAACACUGACUUUGCUCGGAUGUCGACACGAAUUAAAUGGUAGACGCUGCGGAGGACGCGACGUUCCUUCUUUCGAGGUUCUACCAUCGACCGCGUCAAGAGUGCUAGCUGUUUGCAUUUACUCGACAUACCAUCCACGCAAAAUCGGGAUACAUACGUAUUACAGGUUACAAUCGCAUGUUCAUCGAACUAUAUUUAUUUGUAUACAGUAUGUACGCCACAAUCUAGCGAACAAUACGCAGAGCAAUAAAUGUGAACAUGUACUUUCAGAAACAGUCAGGCAUUACCACAAUAACUUAUUGCAGUUCACGUACUAUAUUUCGCCGCGUAAAGACUUCGGACGCCCUGUUCAUUCUUUGAACUUAGUCAGAAUCGCGUUUCCGAUAGUAACGAAGAAUAUUUCACGGAGUCAGAGUAAGAACGUGUUUGCAAACUUGUGCACUGGAAAGAACCGACGGUUUUCAGUUUCUGUACUUUGCACGUGCAGCACCAGUUUGUCCUGUUAUGUGCGUAGCCUUGUUUAGUGCUACACGGAAGAAGAAUGCCGGGGGCAUUCAUUUUGUCACGGCGUUUCAUGUUUUGUAUGACGAAAGCCACCGAAAGUUCUCAUUCACAAAGCUGAUGGUUUAGACAAGUAUCUACAUUUUCCAGUACUCAGUGCGUGCCAAAGGUCGAUUGUGUGUAAUGUUGUACGCGUUGUUCUUGUAUAUUUCUAGUCAUCUUUAGGUUUUUAUUCCAAAAGCGAAAAAUAAAAGGUCGCGCGAAAUCUUA